UGAACAUUAAUUAAUACUUAACCGAUACUAUUAUCUUAUAUCUGUUCUUAAUAUUCAUUCACUAUGACUUCAUAAUUCAAAGCUUUUUAUUUAAAGUUAAUUGUUCUUUAAUUAUAAAUGUGUCUAUAGAAAAUUCUUAAGGUGUAUUUUGUUGUAUUUUUGAAAUUAUAAUAUAUUUAUUGUAACAGGUUCGGAAGAUAUUUUUGAAAAAUAUUUUAUAAUUUCAUUAAUUUUUUUUUAUAACCAAGUACAAAUAGAUACUUUGUAUUUAUAACAAAUAUUUAAAGAUUGUUAUAUGUAUAACAUAAUGAUAAAAGGGUCCAGGAAAAAGUACUACUUUCAAUUUAAAACUACAAUCACAAUUAUAUUGGAUAUAAAUUAUUUUAUAUAAAAGAUGUCGAAAAAUAUUGAUAUUGAAGCUAUAAUUUUAAAAGUAUAACUACAUUUGGAUGUUUCAAUUAUACUGUCAAUACUACUGAAAUAAAUUGUAAAACUGCAUUAAUUCAUAAAUAUCCAUGCAAUAUGAAAAAUAUUAUAUGUAUCAUAACAAAAAUUUAACAUAUUUUUUAAGAUUAAUGAUUAAUUUUGCACUAAUAUUGUGAAAAAUGCAUUUGUGAAAAGAUUAAUAAAAUCAAUUUUAUCAGAAGAUUGUUGUUGCUAACUAAGCUAUUUAAGCGAAGUACAAUUCAAUUACCAAAUUCAUUUUCAACAACAAUAAAUACAAUCUUUCAAUGAUAUUUCAAAUGCAAUAAAUUUUUGGAACAUUGCUUUUUGAAAUAUAAUAAAAUCGAUUUUUACCUUUAACUAACAUUUUUUACUGAAUCCAUUCUAAUUAAUGCUUAUGCGGCUAUAAUCGCGCAUUCGCUAUAUAGUAGCUGACUGGUUCAUUAUAGGAAAUAUUUAAAAAAUGUACUCAGUAGACUAAUUAAAAGAACCCGGUGAUCAAAUCAGAUGAUAUCGUUGAGUCGGAAAAAUGCGGAUGUGCAGUGUGCACUCUGCAUAUGUAAAAUUUUGAGGUACUGAAAUGUUUUACUUGCAAACAAAAUGUAUCUGGAAAAGUUCAACAAUUAAUGACGAAAAAAAUAUUGAAUUAUAGAUGGGUACUCACUGUGAAUUAAUAAUUAUUUUCUCAAUUAUGGUUUUCACCUCUAUGUAUAGGUAAUUGAGCUUAAUAUAACAGGAUAGAGAAAUUUUUUAUAACCAAAAACUCUAGAAAAUAUAUCUUGUAGAAGAUAUAUCUUAAAUUUGUAAUUUAUGUGUCGAAAAGUUAAUAUAACCAAUUAUGAGUCAACUAUUUAAAGUAUACAAAAAGUUACUCAUUAGAUAUCCUCUUAGAAUGCAAGCUUUACAAGCUGGUGCACUUAUGGGACUUGGUGAUCAAUUAGCACAAAAUGUAAUAGAAAAACAACCGAUAAAAAAUGUAGAUUUCAGAAGGACAGCACAAUUUGUUGCUAUUGGCUUUUGCAUUGCGGGCCCUGCUACAAGAACUUGGUAUGGAAUAUUGGAUAAAUAUUUUGGGUCUAAAGGCGCCUUAGUUGUUCUAAAAAAAGUUUCAUGUGAUCAAUUACUUUUUGCACCAGCAUUUAUAAUUGUACUGUUGAGUACAAUUGGUCUAUCACAAGGAAAUAGUAUUGAGAGUGUUAAAUCAAAAUUAGAGGAUGAUUAUAUAAAUGUAUUAAUAAAUAAUUACAAGUUAUGGCCCAUGGUCCAAAUAGUCAAUUUCUAUCUUAUUCCCUUGAAUUACCAAGUGCUAGUAGUACAAUCAGUUGCAGUUUUAUGGAAUACAUAUAUUUCGUAUAUAACUAAUAAAGGAAAUAUAUUGAAUAUCAACAAUUGUACAAGACUUUUUACAAGCCAAUGGUAUUCAGUACAUUUAUAAAAAUUUCUCAGCUCUUUCAAAAC